AUGGGUAGCUUGACAGAUGUACAACCAGAAAGGAGGGAUAUGGUUUGGGAGAUUCAGCGGCUAUCCAGCCUUGGAGUCGGUCUGGCUAAUUCAGAAGAUAGUGAAGUUUCUAUUCGAGAGGUUGCUGAGUCCUCAAUCAUAGAUGAUGUAAAGAGACACCAAUACAAGGACCCUAUUUUGGCACAGUAUAGAGAUGCAGCUCUUCAAAAGGAAAAGACCCCAUUUAAGGUUACACCUGACGGAGUGUUACGAUAUGAAGGCAGAUUGUGUGUACCCGAUAUUGCGGGGCUACGACGGCAGGCUAUGGGAGAGGCACACUCUGCCCAUAGGCUGACGAAAUCGGCCCAUUUUCUUCCAGUCAGGACUACUUAUUCGGCUGAAGAUUAUGCGAGGUUAUAUGUCAGGGAGAUAGUGAGACUUCAUGGGGUUCCCACGUCCAUUAUAUCAGACAGAGGAGCUCAAUUUACAGCCAACUUUUGGAGAUCGUUUCAGAAGGGAUUGGGGACACAGAUGGCACCGUACGAGGCCUUAUAUGGGAGGAAGUGCAGAUCACCUAUUAGUUGGUUUGAUGUUGGCGAGACUAAGUUAAUAGGCCCGGAUGUGAUUCAACAAGCUGUUGACAAGGUGAAGCUUAUUCAAGAAAGAUUAUUAGUAGCCCAGAGUCGACCGAAGUCAUAUGCAGAUAAUCGGCGUCGAGAUUUGGAGUUUCAGAUUGGUGACUGGAUUAUUCGUAGGAUAGGAAAGGUUGCCUAUGAGUUGGAUCUACUAUCUGAUUUGGAGGCGGUACAUCCAGUCUUCCAUGUAUCGAUGCUACGUAAAUGUAUUGGUGCUCCUUCUAGAGUAUUCCCCUUAGAUGAUGUUCAGGUAACAGAGGAGUUGUCAUAUGAGGAGAAACCCGUAGCUAUACUUGAUCGCCAGGUUCAUAGGUAUAACUGUUAG